AUGACAAAAUUCGCUCAUAAACGGGAUCCACGUGUAAAACUAUAUCGGGAGACUCUGGAACGAAGAGAGGCGGAGCAACCAGAUCUGCCAGAAAAUGAUGGCGUACUCAAUGAUAUGUACGAAAAUGAAAUGCCGCCUCACGCAUAUUUUCGAUGUAACACCACUAAAGGUGGAUUUGUAUACAGAUUUCAUUUUAUUACGUCGAAAUGGGUGAAAAGUGUCGACUGCAAAACCUUGGGACAAAUUGAAAUGACGUUCGGUUGCCAAAUCCAUAAACUUGAACGCAAAAAUUGGAUAUUAUAUACAAUUGUGGGAAGAUUCUAUCAACUGAAGAGAAUAGUGGACGAAAUGGAAAAGCAUACAAGACGAGCAUCUGUAAUGAAACUUCAAAUUCCUGAAGCAUUGUAUGAGAAUCCCACGUUGAUAUCAUCUUUACCGGCACUCUCCCAAUGUGAUCUGUCCUUUCAACACGAUAAACGUAUUAUGAUAAUCACGGGAAUCUCGUCUCUCCUCACUCCUCUAGUCGAUGCACUUAAAAAUCUGGGACGAACCGGCUCUCUUGCGAGUUUCACCGAGGAGGUUUACACUCUUUCAAGAAGAAGAGCGUUGAAAAUGGGAAAGAAUGUAAUUCUGGCAGAGACUGAUGAUUUAUACUUGGUUUUCACGAGAGCUCAACUUUCGAAAGUCACUCGAGAAGGUCUACUGAAACAGACAGAUGUUAUUGUAGAAAUGGUUGAUGAAUGCUCGACGAACGUCACUGUAAGAGUCCAAGGAUCCAAGGAAAAUGUCACUGAAUACUACCAUGAAGUCAACAAAGUUUUCCUCGGAAAAGAAGAGUAUAAACUCGUCCCUGUCCCAUUCACCACUCAAAACUGGAAGAAGUAA